AUGAGGAAACAUCUGAGUGGAUGCUGGUUGGCCAUUGUCUGUGUCCUGCUCUUUAGCCAACUCUCCUCAGUCAAGGCGAGAGGCAUAAAGCACAGAAUCAAGUGGAACCGGAAGGUCUUGCCAAGUACCUCCCAGGUCACGGAGGCCCACACUGCGGAAAUCCGCCCAGGGGCCUUCAUCAAGCAAGGCCGAAAGCUGGAUAUCAACUUUGGAGUGGAGGGCAAUAGGUACUAUGAGGCCAACUAUUGGCAGUUUCCUGACGGCAUCCAUUACAACGGCUGCUCCGAGGCCAAUGUCACCAAGGAAAAGUUUGUCACCAGCUGCAUUAAUGCCACCCAGGUGGCAAAUCAAGAGGAACUGUCCCGUGAGAAACAAGACAACAAGCUUUACCAGCGGGUCCUGUGGCAGCUGAUCAGGGAGCUCUGCUCCGUCAAGCACUGUGACUUUUGGUUGGAAAGGGGAGCAGGACUUCAGGUCACUCUGGACCAGCCCAUGAUGCUCUGCCUGCUGGUUUUCAUUUGGUUUAUUGUGAAAUAA